CUUCAUCCGAGACCAUCCCACUGUUUACGCCGUCACAUUGAUGGGUUCGUAGCUCAUUCAUAAGAGGGCAUAUGAUCAGCGAGGAGCUUGCAGUUCACUAUGUACAUACACAUGUCGAUGGCUAUACUCUGGACCUAUGAUUAUGCAUGUUCACUUCAUGAAGAGUGGACAUUUUUGCUUCGAUCACGCUGGAGCAAGAUGAAAGGCCUCUAUAUCGUUACACGAUACCUCUCUUUCAUCUUUCUCGCCACAGAUCUAUAUCUGUACUUUGCCCCGAAUGAGAACCCAGGUAAAUGCCGAGUGUUGCAAAAUAUUCAAUCAGGUCUUGGCACAGUAUUAGUAAUUUUUUCCGAAUAUUUUUUUGUCUCCAGAACAUACGUGCUCUGGAACAAAAAUAGGAUCUUGCUCGCAGCUAUCGUGUGCACCUCUUUCAUUGUUAUCGUAGCUACCUUCGGCAUCGUCUUUGUCACUGACGUCCCUGCAGCAUAUGCAACUAGCACAAUCCCGGGAAUCACAGGGUGCUACCAGAGUCCAUCCAGUCACCAGCUUUUCAUACCAUUUCUUCUCCUCUCCUUGUUCGAAAUGGGACUCAUGAUCCUCACGCUCAUACGUGCCAUACAGAGCUGGCGGACAAACCAAAGCCGUCUGUAUGUUGUCCUGGUGAACCAUAAUAUAUCCUAUUAUGCAUGCGGUUUUCUGUUCUCGGUAACGAACAUCAUCACACCGCUACUCCUCCAGGACGCCUACCAGGCUAUUUUGAAUAGUGUCCAGUUUAUCAUGCUUGCAAUUCUUGCCACGCGCAUGCACCUUCAUCUCUGGCAGGUGAACCGACAUCCACGCCGCUCUACUAGUGCCCUUGUGCAUAUUCAAAUGUCCAACAUUUCAUUUGCAAAUCCCACGGUGUGAUGUCUUACUCCGUAGCUUAUUCGGUGGCGUCCAUGGAGCACGAGGCUUGGAUUGUACAAGAUGACUGGUGGAUGUGGGCUUGGU